GUAAAUUGACGGCCGUCUGACCGUAUUUAUGAUUUUUAACAAAAAAGACGACAUUCCAUGUCAUGCAAAAUUUCCGAGGCGCGGCAAUUGCAGCAGAUAAAACCCUACGAAUCAAACUAAGCUCCAAAAUGAAAUUCUCUGAUUUGUGAAAAAAUUGUACGUCUUACCGAGUAUCAAUGGAGAACUCAUUGGUUUUCAGCAAGCUUGUGAGCCAUCUUCGUUCUGUUUCCAGAUACUAUACAGGUUAUCCAAGGGAUAUUGGACCCUCACAAGUAAUUGAAUUCAAGUCUGAGCGUCAGUUUGUGCAACUUCUCCAUGAAGGAUAUCCUGUUGUUGUGGCCUUUACAAUAAGAUGUUCAUAUACGGAGCACCUUGAUCGAAUGCUGGAUGCAGCUGCAGCAGAAUAUUAUCCCCAUAUAAAAUUUAUGCGCGUUGAAUGCCCAAAGUAUCCAGGAUUUUGUAUAGCUCGUCAAAGAAAGGAUUACCCCUUUAUAGAGAUAUUUCACAGCCCAAUGCAGGCAGAUAAACAAGGAAAGAUCAUAGACGCUGCUCCAGUCACAAAAUACACUGUUAAAGUUUUGCCGGUGUCAAGUUUACAAAAGCUAUGAUGCCAGAAUGUUUGUUACUUAUUCUACACUACAAUGUUCAACUAUGAUGUGAGUCCCUAUGGAUUUAGAGAGUUUUUCAAGCGCCAUGGCAUAUCAUCUCAAAUGCCUGUGCAAGAAGAUGCUCAAUAGCUUAUCCUGCAGCAAUGUUUAAAAGCCAUAGGAACUAACAUCCUUUGUUAAUGGUGUGGCUCUCCAUGGCUUGUUACUAUUUGUUAUUUGUUUAAAAGUAGAUAUUUUGAGAAGGUGAGUGUUGUUCAAAUGAUUUUUUCUAUUAGCCUAGGAGAGUUUAUUGGUUGCAAAUUUGCAAUGCUAACACAAUUAUUUGUGUACUGGCAACAAUUUUAAUUGUACAGUUGAAUUUUCUACAAAUUGAUCGAAAUUAGAUUAUUUUUCAUAAGCU